GUUAACACUGUCCAGAAAACGCGAGUGUCCGAGGAGAAUCUUAAUCUAACGAUUAAUAAAAAAAAGCCUGCACUAAAAAGAGAGUAUUGUUGCGAAUAUGGACUUCCGAAAUGUGAACUCACUGAAUGUCCGCAUGAAUUACAUAACGGGAAACCUGUUACCCUUAACGCCGAGCGUCUCGCGAUAUUCGAUCGCAUGGAGAUUGUACGCCAGCUUGAUGUGGCUCAUUCAAAUAGCACAAUUAAGCAUACUAAUCCCAGGUUUUUUCUUGGUGUCGCGGGAAAAGGCUGUUGGAGAGGGGACGCUCAUAUUUGUGCUUACUAUUGAAGUAUUCUUCAUAGCUGGACAAAUUCAAACACGCAGGAAACUGGUGAAUCGGUUUAUCCAGGAAUUGAACGACAUUCUGCGAAUCGAGGACGAGAUCAUGAAGGAAAUUGUGGCGACAACCAUCAAGCCCAUGAAUAUUCCACUUAGAUAUUACAGUGUGGUGGGUUCAUUUUGUGUCUUUGUGUGGUUUUUAUUACCGUUUUUGAUCAUCUUUGAGAAAAGAAACUUCUUCUACGAGGAUUUCAAGAUGCCGGCAGCCUUUUCUAACCAGCCGUUCUCGACUCAAACCUUCGUUCUGGGUAGCAGUCUGAUACUGAUCGGUAACAUCCACAUUUUUCUGAAAAAAUGUGGCUUGUACGUUUACAUAAUACACAUUAUGUUAAUGAUUACGGCGCAAUAUCGCUAUAUUGCCAAGAAUCUUGCCACGAUAUUUCGAAACGCAGAUAAGCGACAUGAACUUGGAGAAGCUUAUAAAACAGAGCAGUGGACGGAGAAUGCAUUAAAAACGUUAUGCAGACGUCACACUAUUGUAACACGUUUAUCGAUUAUACUAAGGGGAAUACUAUCUUCAAGUCUCAAUAUGCUUUAUAUAAACAGCGUUUUACGCUUUUGUUUCACAGCUGUUUUAUUUACUACAGUACUCUCAGCUUCUUUCAUUGAAGUUCUCUUAGUUACCGUAUAUUCAUCCGGCUCCAUAAUAGAGUUUUACAUGCUGUGCUCUUGCGUGCAACAAUUACAGGAUGCGAGUACAGAGAUUACGGACGAAGCUUUUCACGAAAAAUGGUAUCGAUUUGGACCUUCUAUAAGACGCACAUUUAUGUUGAUGAUAUUAGCUAAUAAGUUAGGAUGCAAACUUUCAACGUGCGAGAAGUUCAGUCUGUCCUUAUCUUCAUUUAUGACGAUCUUAAAUCAAUCAUACUCCAUUGCUCUUGUGUUGUUGUGAUCAAAAGGAGCAACGACAAUAAUUCACAUCUCAUACAUUAUUUGUAUUACUUGCGCAAAUAAAAUGUUAGUUUUGCAAGUAAAAAAUUAGCAGUAAGUAUAAAAAGUAG